GCGUCGGCCGUAAAGGAAUCGCGACAUCAACAACAGAGUUGCCCUUGAAUCCAAAAUGGCUUCUUUGCUUCGAUUUUCGUGCCGACAGGGCCGAACUUUGGUCCAGAAUUUCUGCCAUCAGAAUAAAUAUUAUCAAAGGAUUCGUACCAUAACGACAUCUAAAAAGAACACAGAUUCUGCAACUGUCACAGGUCCUGUAGAAGCAAAGGAGACGUGGCAGACUGAGGUGGAAAAAGAGGUCGCAGAAGAGACCAAGGAUUGGGUAUCUUAUGGCUACAGUUACACUGACCGGGAUGAAGAUGAGUGGGGCCAUCAUCUACUGAUGUUUGCUGGAAUAACUAUAGCUAUGGUUGGAGGCUCAUUUGUCAUUGCCUACAUGCCAGACCCAAAUAUGCGGGAUUGGGCCCACCGAGAAGCUUAUUUAGAACUUGCGCGACGAGAAAGAGAUGGACUACCUCUUGUCGACCCAGAUUAUGUACCCAAGGAUUCAAUCGAGUUACCUUCAGAUGAGGAAUUAGGGAAUCAAGAAAUCAUAAUUUAAAAAAAGACUUGUUCAUAUCAUAGACAAUUGUGUACAUAGUGGACUAUAGAGGACAGAGUGUUUCUUUCACAUUCAUUUGUUGAAUGACUUUAGUGAUGGAAGUAUUUACAUUACUCCUAUUGGAACCUACAAAUAGUUUUGGCUGAAUACCCUGUUGCAAGUUUCAACUUAGUUGUGUGAGUGAUAUUUGACCAAAAUGGACUAGAAUUAAAUUUCAUUUCAAAGACGGUCACAUUACAUGUACUUUCAGUUUAAUAGACUGUAUGCUUCAGCUGGAGUACAGCACUUGACGGAGUCAGAAGACGUGAUGUCCCUCCUGCCUUGCAGUUGCUGCACAAAACCGCUAGACUUUCACAAGUGACUGUUCCUUUAAUUCAUUCAUCAAAAUUUCAAUAAAUGAUGUUGUUUGUAAACAA